AUCACCGCCAAACCUCUCCUUGGCCCAAUGGGACCAAUAGACUUGCGAGUCACUAGACACAUUCGCCAACUGGAUGGGUGUAUAUUUGGACCGAAAGAGAGAUGUGUACUCGAAUUGUCUCCGACAUCGCCUCGGCAUCGCUUUCCAAAACAACAAACAAUAUCAUCCCUUGCGCCCUGACGGCCAAGUUUGACUGGAAUGACGCAGGCUGCGGACUGCUGGCCAAACCUAUGUCGAUUUCUGCGCCUCUGAAACGCCGCAUCUGGCUUGGGCAGCCUUGCUUCGCUAUGUCGAUCGCACUGCAUCGACGGCCUUUUACUUCCGCACAGUCGUCAUCUUCGAACCCCAGCUGAUGUAGGCUGUAUGAUGGGCGGGGUUCCCGGUGUGCAUCGGGGAUGGAUGGCCACGGAAGGACUGCGCUGCUGAAUCCUGUUACGCUUCGGUGUUUCAGUCCGCUAAGGUACUUGAUCAGCAGCUGUGUUGCGUGCAGCCUAAUCGUUGAUGCACUUCGUCAAGGCCAAUUGCGGACAUUAUCGACUUGCACGAGACCCUGCCGGUGCUCGGAAUCACCCGAAACGAGAAAACUCCGACUCAGACUACAGCGAACCUCCGCGGACACCUCAAUCUUGGUGUGCACAGGACACCCUCGCUGUGUUGACGUUCUGAAUGCAGCCUCGUCCCUCGGGCGGUGCUGUCCGAGUUCACGGAUUGGAGCUUGGGGUCUGCGGAUGAUGCACCCUGAGCUUAGCGAUGUUGAACAACUACUGGCGGUGCUGAAAGAGUCACUGCGGAUCUCUGUUUGCAUGAAGCGAGUGUCAGUCCAGCCCAGGUUGAUAUUUUCGUUCCAGGAGGGCUCAGGGCUCCGCAUCGUCUGUUCUGAAACGAUCUGGGCUUUUUGCGAGCGUUCUUAUAAGUGUCUUCGUCUCUGUCUGCUCCUGGAGAAGCAGAGAUUUCGCACUCAAACUGUCAGCAUGUCGUAUACCACUGCCUCCACUCCCAGUCAGUCAUCCACGCUCGUCCUGACAUUCAUUCCGCGGCGGAUUCCCGGCACCCUCGCCUCUUUGUCGUUCCUCAACUGCACCGUGGUCGGCGCGGACGGCUGCACCCCCUACUUCCACAUCGUCUCGCAGUACAGCCAGCUCGGAUAUGCACAAAGCCCGAGCAUGACGCUGUUCCGCACCAAUCGAGGCGUGACUGUCGCUUCGAUCGAAUGGGCGCAAACAUCUGGUCCCGUGGUCCACAUCCCUGCAAUGCACCCGGGCUCGAGAGAGCCGGUCAGCAGGCAACGGGUCGAUGGGUGGCUCAACCGGUCGCCCGACGGCAGUUAUCGGGCCAUGACCGUCUAUGGGGGACAGUAUGCUUGGGUUCUUCAGAGCGACGUUUAUUGCAUGUAUGUAUGGAAUGAGCAUCAGCGGUCGGAUAUACCUCAGCUUCUCGCCAGAGUGGAGAGAGGCGGAGACAACUUGGUCAUGGAGAUCUCGGCGGAUGCGCUUCGCGCAGGGCUUCUCGAGACAACGACUGUAGCCGCCAUGUUGCUCUACUCGAGACCGUAGCUGUUCGUUCUGUCGUCUCGCGUAUGGUAACAAUCGGACAGACAAUUGCAUUGCACUCGAAAAUUCUACCGGUAGCAGAGAGGCGGAUCCAAAACAGACAGAUUGCAUUUAUAAGGACACAGCGCGGAACAACACGAAAUCCUCAAGCCCAAAACGAUCGGGGGAAAGAAAGAAUCACUGGGGCGAUGACGGAUGGUACAGACCGACGCGAUGCACCGAGAACGGCUGCGGGAGCGAGCCCGUGCCGGUGAGGACGGUGAUCUCACCGCUGCUCACACUGCCCUUGUCCUCCACGCAAUAGUGACCGGUCGACGAGAGCUUGUGGCCGGGCAAGCAGCGUUGAACGACGCAGCGACCGUUGAUGCAAGCAACAUCGGAAACGUCCCGCAACCCGGUGCAGUCCUUUCCGGUAGAUUCGCCAGACAAAGAGGAGGUGAUUCCGAAAGGGCAGCCGCCGCCUGCAGAACGAUGAGCUAAAAAGAACAUGUCGCAGCGGAGAGACUGAACGUACAGCUCUCCAAGUCUCUCUUCACAUCAACGCAUUCCCAAGCACGUUUCCCACCGCCAGCGAUACCGCACGCCUUCCAUCCUUCCGGGCACGAUCUCUGCAUCUCGCUUCCCCAGUAAUCGGGUGCGUUUCCGUUGAGGCUCCGCUUCUUGUGGCUGGUGCCACUAGGGCAAGACAUCGCGCAGGUCGUCCCGCAGUCUUUGAGGCCGGACGGGCAAGUGUACCCGCAGAUGUUGUCUCGCGAACAGGCAGGCACGGCAUUGGCAGGCCGGGUGCACGUCUUCUUGUCGUCGUCCGAGGAGCGGUCCCACUGGGUUGAAGAAAGAUGCCGAUGAAAUGGAAUCCCAGUCGAAGCCGUUGUCUUUGGCGGUUGUGAUCGUAGGAUGGUCGCUGGAAGCGACGACAUCCGGGAUUUCACUCUCACAAAAGCAAGCAUUGUCUGAUAGGCGGUAGAUGAGAAAAACGAGAUGUAUGGGGAGGAGAGGGCAAGUACCAGAUCGCUGGAAGGAGCCACAAGGCUUGUUAUUGACGACGAAUGGACCAGAAGGACAGAAACAGUUCUCGGUCUUGUACGAGUUAUCGUUGCGUGUGACCAGCCCUUCUAUGGCGCCGGCGGACGUGUGCCGCACGGCAGUGAGAACGAGGACGACAGUUGCUGCAGAUGAGCUUCGCAUCGUCGGUAGAAGAGAAUGUUUAGAUCAAGGCGAGACGGAUGCAGAGGAAAGGAGGUAGUGGUAGUGGAACAGAAGAUAGAGAAAGGGUUGAGAGAGCGGAUAGAGAAUUUAUAUGUUCUGAAAGUUGUCUCGCGGAGAAAGAUCUGGUUCAUAAAACUGAGUCGGGGGGACAUAUUUCCUUGAACGCGCAGUCCUCGCCAGCAUUCAAAGAAAGGCAAAUGAGAUCUUAUGAAUCAGACAUAGUAUUGCGUGACGCGAUAGUAGACGAAUGUCGACGAGAGCUCUCAGGCUAUCGAGGAA